GGAGGAGCUGGAAGGGUGACUAGUGGCUUCUAGAAACGUAGCUACUACUAUAAAAGCAAGGGGCCUGAGUCAGUUUGGGCAAUAGUUUAAGAACACUACAGAGGCGAAAGCUGAAAGGAAACUUCCCAAGAAGACUGCUGAGAUUCUUCACAAUUACUGAGACGGGACAGGCUGAAAGCAAGCAAGAAUCAAAAUGUCCUCAGCUAAGGGAGUAUCUAUUGGCAUUGAUCUGGGCACCACCUAUUCUUGUGUCGGGGUGUUCCAGCAUGGCAAGGUGGAGAUCAUAGCCAACGACCAGGGCAAUAGGACCACUCCCAGCUACGUGGCCUUUACAGACACAGAGAGGCUCAUUGGAGAUGCUGCCAAAAACCAGGUUGCCAUGAACCCUGUCAACACAGUCUUUGAUGCCAAACGUCUCAUCGGGAGAAAGUUUAACGAUUCUGUUGUCCAAUCCGACAUGAAAUUAUGGCCUUUCAAGGUGAUCACUGAUAGCGGAAAGCCCAAAGUCCAGGUUGAGUAUAAAGGGGAGACCAAGUCCUUCUACCCAGAGGAAAUCUCCUCCAUGGUACUGGUUAAAAUGAAGGAAAUCUCGGAGGCCUACCUUGGACAGAAGGUGUCAAAUGCAGUCAUCACAGUUCCAGCUUAUUUCAAUGACUCUCAAAGGCAAGCCACAAAGGACGCCGGCGUGAUCUCUGGACUGAAUGUUCUCAGGAUCAUCAACGAGCCCACAGCAGCAGCUAUCGCCUACGGCCUGGAUAAAGGUAAAAGAGGAGAGCGCAAUGUGCUCAUCUUUGAUCUCGGUGGAGGCACCUUUGACGUGUCCAUCCUGACCAUUGAGGACGGCAUUUUUGAGGUAAAAUCCACAGCAGGAGACACACACCUGGGUGGGGAGGACUUCGACAACCGGAUGGUCAACCACUUUAUUGAGGAAUUCAAAAGGAAAAAUAAGAAGGACAUUAGCCAAAACAAGAGAGCAGUGAGGAGGCUGCGGACAGCUUGUGAGAGAGCGAAGAGGACCCUUUCCUCCAGCACCCAGGCCAGCAUAGAGAUCGACUCUCUGUUUGAAGGCAUUGACUUCUACACCUCCAUCACAAGGGCUCGCUUUGAGGAGCUUAACUCAGAGCUCUUCAGGGGAACACUGGAGCCAGUUGAGAAGGCCCUGCAAGAUGCCAAGCUGGAUAAGUCCAAGAUCCAUGAAAUUGUCUUGGUUGGUGGCUCCACAAGAAUUCCCAAAAUCCAGAAGCUCUUGCAAGACUUUUUCAAUGGCAGAGAACUGAACAAGAGCAUCAACCCAGAUGAAGCUGUGGCGUACGGCGCAGCAGUCCAGGCUGCUAUCCUCAUGGGCGACACAUCAGAGAACGUCCAAGAUCUGCUGCUGCUGGACGUGGCUCCCCUUUCUCUGGGCAUUGAGACGGCAGGUGGAGUGAUGACGCCUCUCAUCAAACGCAACACCACCAUCCCGUCCAAACAGACCCAGAUCUUCUCCACCUAUUCGGACAAUCAGCCAGGUGUGCUCAUUCAGGUGUAUGAGGGGGAGAGAGCCAUGACCAAGGACAACAACCUCCUGGGCAAGUUUGAGCUCACAGGUAUCCCUCCCGCUCCACGAGGUGUACCACAGGUGGAGGUCACUUUCGACAUUGAUGCAAACGGCAUUUUGAAUGUGUCAGCUGUUGACAAAAGCACCGGCAAAGAAAAUAAAAUCACCAUCACCAAUGACAAGGGUCGCCUAAGCAAAGAGGAAAUAGAACGGAUGGUACAAGCCUCAGAAAAGUAUAAAGUCGAGGACGACAUGCAGAGGGAGAGGGUUGCAGCAAAGAACACACUAGAGUCAUACGCUUACCAAAUGAAGAACAGUGUCGAGGACGAGAACGUGAAAGGAAAGAUUAGCGAGGAGGAUAAAAAGAUGGUCAUUGAUAAGUGCAACCAGGCAAUCUCCUGGCUGGAGAACAACCAGAUGGCAGAGAAAGACGAGUAUGAGUAUCAGCAGAAAGAACUAGAGAAAGCAUUCAAGCCAAUUGUCACCAAGUUGUACCAGGGAGCAGCACCGUCAGGAAGCUGCGGCAGUGAGGCAGGAGGCAACUCCAAGGGCCCCACCAUUGAGGAAGUGGACUAAGAUAACAAAUCUCAGUCUACUGAAAUCCUUCAACUGUAUGUUGUUUGCUUCCAAAUAUGUUACAUUUCACAAUUGAUUUGCUUUGCUAAAAUAAAAAUACUUUAAAUAUUAUAAA